AUGAAAUUCGCAGCUCCUCUGAGCGCGCUGCUCAUCAACCUCUCGCUAUGGGCGCUCUGUCUUGCCGCAGAGGACAGAUCUCCAGAGCGGGACUCUGUGGCGUAUACGUACACUUACCAUGACGUCUACGGGCGCGCUAUGAUUACGUUCUGGAUCGUCGUUGUAGCUAUCGGCGUUUUGAACCAUGCUAUUCUUCAUAUCGCCAAUCUACAGAUAACUCGCAACUAUUCUCCAAAGUCCGGCAGCCGACUCCAGAACCUUUACAGUUGGGCACUCAACCGAAUCACAGUCCCGGCUUUUAUGGGAGACCGAUGCGCACAGAAAGUCGGUUGGGGAACUGUCCCUCCUCAAAUACAGUCCUGGACCUUGAUUGCUUUCCUCCUCCUCAACAUCGCCUUGAGCAUACUUGGAUACAAAAUCGUGCCAGUGAAUAUGUACUUUCCAUCAACAGCGAAACAGCUUCUUCGAUAUGUCUCGGACCGCACGGGCAUCAUAUCGUGGGCCAAUUUCCCGGUUAUCUGGUUGUUCGGAAUGAGGAAUAACCUCCUAAUGUGGUUGACUGGAUGGGACUUUGGAACGUAUAACAACUUUCACCGCUGGGUUGCGCGAAUCGCGACUCUUCAGGCGAUUGUCCACUCCAUUGGGUAUACCUGGUUAAUUGUCUUGGAGGGAGGCUGGGAGUAUUAUCUAUUCUGGUGGAACUAUAUGUUCUGGUGGGUUGGUGAAGUGGCAACGAUCGUCAUGUCUCUUCUCGUCGGAGCAUCCUUUUACUGGAUCCGACGUCAGCAGUACGAACUGUUCUUGGUCGUACACAUCAUCAUGUCAAUCAUCCUCCUCAUCACCAUGCUUGCCCACGUCUCCAUCUUCCAAGGCGAAUACGACGUAUUCUUCUGGGUCCCCUGCUUCAUCUGGGUCGGUGAUCGCGUCAUCCGGGCUCUUCGAAUAGCCGCUUUCAAUCCAAAGCUCUGGGAUACUUGGGCAACUUCCAUUUAUCAUCCGUCUUCCAACAUUGUUAGGCUUGUCGUUCCGUGGUCAAGCAGUCUGUAUAAACCAGCCCCGGGAACGUUCUUCUACAUCCAUGUUCUCAACGGACCUCGAUGCUGGGAAAGUCACCCCUUCACCGUGGCAAUGGUAAAAGAUGAAGGGGAACGUGGUUCGAAGCUCCUUGGCGAGCAAGCUCCUCUACUCGACGGCACUAUCGCUGAGCAAAGCCCUGAUCCCGUUGACUCACAGGAUAUACUCAGUGACUCUCGCACAAUGACAUUCUUGAUCCGUCCAUAUGACGGCUUCACCUCCAGACUCCGAGACACUGCGUCAGCAGUCUGGCCCAAAAAUGUCCCUCAACGAGUUCUCAUCGACGGUCCCUACGGACAUACUCGUCCCCUCCAUCUCUUUGAUAACGUAACAUUUAUAGUCGGCGGCAGCGGCAUCGUCGUUCCCCUAUCAUAUCUCCAACUCCUCACCGGCCCAACAACCCCUCGCUCCGUCAAAAUCCACUGGGCCGUUCGCGAACCUGCUUUCGCACUCGACGUCCUACAAACCGACAUCGAUGAUGCAUUAGGGAGCACGAAUCUCAGCGUCGAGAUACAUCUUACAACACAUACACCUCAAGAUGAACUGAGCGAGUGGCCAUCGCAGGUUACGUUACGAAAAGGAAGGAUAGAUGCUUCGGAUGUGGUGAGGAGGAGAAGUGAAGAGGUGAUGAGCGAGAGCCUUGCGGUUGUGGCGUGUGGACCGGCGCAGAUGGCGGAUGAUGCGAGAAAGACGGUUGCUGAUUUGUUACGAAAUGGAGUUAUGAGGGUAGAGUAUUUUGAGGAGAGCUUUCAGUGGUGA